GGGCGCUGAAAAAGGAGAGUUUGACGGCUGCCGCGGGUUGGGGGACGAGUCUGUGGAGGAAAAGGUGGAGGGGAGGACUAAGGGCUUUUCUUCUCCCUGCUGACAUCUGUGGAGCAACGGCGCAGUGCGUUAACUCCAACUCCCGCUCCAGCUGACACUCAUCCAAUGUGCGCCAACGGGCUUUAUGUUCUGGCCGUCCUGUCUGGACUCGCAGCCUCAGGGGUCCUGCAGGUCACAGGAAUGCGUGUCUACACAUCUGGAGAUGUUGAAGCGGUCAACGGGACAGAUGUUCGUCUCAGGUGCACGUUUGAUAGUCAAGUUCCCAUCAACCCCCAUACUCUCACCAUCUCGUGGAGUUUUAAACCGCUCACGAAAGGCAGAGAGGAGUCGGUCUUCUACUACCACGACAAACCGUAUCCACCUUUAGAAGGCAUGUUCAGGAAGCGCAUUUCUUGGGCCGGUGAUGUCAUGGGCCGUGAUGCCUCCAUCAUAAUCAAGGAAGUAAAGUUUACCUACAAUGGCACCUACACCUGCCAGGUGAAGAACCCACCUGAUGUCCAUGGUGCACUUGGAGAAAUUCGACUCCUUGUUGUCACCACAGCGUCGUUCUCGGAAUUUCUCCUUCUGGCUUUGGCCAUUGGAGGUGGCAUCACUGUGCUGGUGAUCCUCCUCCUCGUCGUCGUAUCGCUCAGAAAGUACAGAAGGAGGCAUAGACUGCAGGGGGGCAUCGAGGAGGCUCCCCGCAAAGAGAGAAAAGACCCCACUGCGUGUCACCCGUCAAGGGCCGUCCAUCUCUACGCCGCUGAGUCUCUCAUAGAGAUUGACAGUUCAGAUGGGAUGAUCUCAGACGCCAGCACCAAAGACCCGAGCUCCUCGGAUGAUGGGGAAGAUGACGACGAUGACGACGAUGAUGGGAACGACUCCGACUGAGGAGGUCUGGGAAGAAAAGGAGUGACAGAAACACUGACGUGUCGCCAGCCAGGACGGCUUGGUGGAAGCUCAGCCAGACAGCGCCUGUGGGAUGCCUGUCUUCUGGAGGUUAAGCGCAGAGCAUGGUGCUGCGGUGAUGAAAAGAGCCAGAGUGUUCGAUAAAGUGGAAAAUGUUAAUCUCUUCUAAACAAUAGAGAAGUCCAAGCUUCUCUGAAAGAGAACUACUUUGAGAUGUACAAAAAGAGCUGAAAUAUUCACAGCACAAAUGGAGAAAGGUUUUCAAGGAAGUGCACAACUUGGUAGCAUUGCUUUUUUUGAGGACAACAAGAAAUAAGAAGGUUCUUUCUGCCUUGAUGAGCCAUUUCUGAAGUUAAAAAUGAAUUUACUCAGUAUCUUCUUCAAUGGGCGUAGUUGACUUCACAGUCAGCUCAUUGUUGAUUGCUGACUUCAUUUUUUUUUUUUUUGGUCAAGAAACUGCAAAUGUGUAGAGAAGUCAAUUUGGUGCUCAACAACAGGAUCACACCUCCUGCCCUGAAAGUCUUGUGGGACGGCACAGUCAGACUGUCAAACCUGCAUUUCUUUCUUAUUUUGGACUGGUGUUCUUUUAUGGUAAGAGAUUGUAAUAUAGCUUUAUUAAGUUUUUUUAGAUUUAACAAAAACACUUGAACAUGGUAUAAACAUAUUUCAAACACUCAAAAAA